UCAAACGAUGGUGGGAAACUCAUCAGAUGAUGAACAAUAUUAUUCCGAUUACGAGGAUGAUGAUCAGAAGGAAGAAGAAAGUGGGUGGACUUCUUAUUUGAUAGAGUUUGAAAUUAUGAACCAACGGGAAAGAGAAUCCAAGGAGAAGAUGGUCAUGAUCAAUAAUAGUACUACUGAAUCAUCAGGAAUAAUUAGCUCUGAAAAGUUGAUCAAAAAUGGUGACAUGAACAAUCAAUUAUCAACACCAAGACCGAAGAAAUUGAAGAGUAGAAAAGUUUCUGACUUUGAAGACCCCUUUGAAGAUACUGCCACAUCUCCACAUAGUAGUCCCAAGAUGGAGAGUUUUAUGGAGACAAAGAUGAAACCUUGGAGCAGAGAUAAUGAUAAAACUGGAAGCCCUCUGGGUAAAGGAGAUCGUUGGUAUUUCCAUGAAGAUGAAGAACGGAGGAGAAGAUGAUAUUGUAGUAUUAAAGUUGAUGAUGGAGC